GCUCGGGCGCCCGCCUCGUGUCCGACGGAGGCGGGGACGCGGGCGGCCGGGCUGAGGCGUGGGCCCGGCUCGCCGCUGUGAACGCGAGGCCGCGGGCCCCGCCGGGCGCGGGCAAGGGCGCCUUCCUCCCGGGCGCUGCCCGCGCCGCCGCCAUCGCUGCCGCUGCUGCUGCUCUCGUCGAAAGCCCUCUACUUGUUAAUGUGGUUCCCUUCGUCCGCCUCCGGCACCUCCGGGACUCCGAGCCAGUAUUCAUUAAAGAUAAAAGAUCCUGUUUGCUGUGUGGAGAAUGGACUGGGAACAAGGACCCGGGAGACCACACGAGAAACUGUUGCAGAAGCCCAGAGUUCUUUCAAACCAGUCUGUGGGGCCAACUGGAACACUCACUGACCCAAGUGUCUGGAUGGAGACCUGAACUGGGAGAAGGAAGACGCUCCUGGAAGAGAGAGAAAGAGAGAGAGAGAGAGAGUGCUUCCAUUUGCUGCCUGCUUUCUGGACCAGGUCUGAAGCCAGGAGCCCGAAAUUCAAUCCAGGUCUCCCACGCCGCUACAGGGGAUGCCAGCAUGGAGAAGAGACCCCUGGAGAAGAGGAAAGGCCCCAGCCACAGAGAAGUACCCCCGGUUGUCGGGCUGCUGCUCGGCCUGGCGCUCAUGAACGCGCUCCUCUACCUCUGCCUCCAUCGGUUUUUCAUUUCCCCUCAGCGCCCCGCGCUGGACCCCAGCCGCUGUCCCUACGGGUACUUCCGAGUGGGCCAGAUGAAGAACUGCUCGCCGUGGCUGUCCUGUGAGGAGCUGCGAACGGAAGUGAGGCAGCUAAAGCGUGUUGGGGAAGGAGCUGUGAAGAGAGUCUUUCUGUCGGAGUGGAAGGAGCGCAAAGUCGCACUGUCUCGGCUCACCAGGCUGGAGAUGAAGGAUGACUUCCUGCACGGGCUGCAGAUGCUGAAGUCUCUGCAGAGCAGAUAUGUGGUCACGCUGCUCGGGUUCUGUGAGGACGACAACACUAUUCUUACCGAAUAUCACCCUUUGGGCUCCCUGAGCAACCUGGAGGAAACACUCAACCUGUCCAAGUACCAGCAGGUGAACACAUGGCAGCACCGGCUGCAGCUGGCCAUGGAGUACGUCAGCAUCAUCGAUUACCUGCACCACAGCCCUCUGGGCACGCGGGUCAUGUGUGACUCCAGCGACCUGCCCAAGACCUUGUCCCAGUAUCUGCUGACGAGUAACUUCAGCAUUGUGGCCAACGACCUGGAUGCCUUGCCCCUGGUGAACCGCAGCUCCAGGACGUUCGUGAAGUGCGGCCACCGGGAGCUUCAUGGGGAUUUCGUGGCCCCAGAGCAGCUGUGGCCUUAUGGAGAGGACAGGCCUUUUCAGGACGAGUUCAUGCCCUCGUAUGAUGAGAAGAUCGACAUCUGGAAGAUUCCAGAUGUCUCCAGUUUCCUUCUGGGGCACGUGGAGGGGAGUGAUAUGGUCCGGUUCCACUUGUUUGACAUCCAUAAGGCAUGUAAGAAUCAGAUUCCUGAGGAGCGGCCCACAGCUCGGGAAGUGCUGGACACUUACCAGAAGGUUUUGAAUUCACUCAGAGACACUGUGAUGUCACAGACAAGAGAAAUGCUGUGAGACCACCCCAGCCGCUGAUGGGGCGAAGGGCUGAGUCUGAAGUUUUUAGCUUGAGUCUCAAGGUUUGUUAUUCUUUCCUAUUCAGCCGUGUGGUUCCUCCUCUACACCCACAUGCACAUUUGAGUGUGUUCUACCUCUCCCCGCAACCUAGCAGGAGCCGACUGAGCCUGGUUUUUCAUCUGGGUCACUUCUCUAAGGCCAGCUGCUUCCUUGUGAGGAUGCACAGAGGCAGCAGAUACAACCAGCAUUUGAGGGAAGUAAAAAGAACAUGUAGCCAUGAAGAGGCUUUGCCUGCUCUCGUGACUGAAUAUAUUAACUUGCAAGGAAUGCAUUCACAAAGAUUGUUACAUGGCAGUCUAUGAAAAAGAAGCCCAUAAUAGUUCAAGGAGCAUUUCUCGCCUAAUUUAAAAAGUGGUGUUGACCAUGCAGGAUCCCUGGGGUGCUGUGGGCUGUGUCUGCUGGCACCCAGGGCAUCUCUUCUUGCUAUAGGUGAUCAUUCCAUGACGCCCUUGUGCCGUCCUUUCUCCACGAGUGAAGAAGCUGUGGUGGACGCUCCUGGAGGUUUUGAAUGGACAGGCAUAUUUAGAGCAGCAAGUGUGAGGGGGAAAUAGUAACCUGUGAUACUGGCUGUGGUCCUGCUUAUGAAAUUCCUGCUGCCCUUCCAGCUGGUCCAAAACUAACUGAACAUCUUCCAUAAAUAAGUAUCACCAGUCACUGAGAGGAAUCAAACCCUUCCACUUGACAUGGGUGAUUGAGACCUUGAGAGCGAUCACUGUGGUGAAGCUGUUGUCCUUCCUGCAAGGGGUGGAUUUGGUGCACUUUGAUGGUCACUAAUCAGAUGGUGAGUUGCAGUGGGCUCUGCCUUUCCCAAGCUCAAGUGGGCAUCAGAACCACCUGGCAUCAGAGAGUGCUUGGUCUCUGGCUUGGUGGUUUUAGAGUGGAGUCCACGAAUCUGCAUUUCUGACUGGUUGCUGCAUGAUCCCAACGCUACUGACCUGGAGACGCUGAGGGGGGGCCCCUCAGGCAGUAGGGGUAGGACAGUGUCAUCCCUGUGUUCUGCGGUGGAUUCAAGCAUAUGCCUGCCUGGAGGAUGUCCACUGUCACUGAGGAGCUCGGGGCACCCCCUUCACCUUGCAUUUGUUUAUUUUGUUAUAACAAUCUCCUUUCUAGGGUGGCUAUAGUCUAAUGUUGGCAGGAGAAACUGGGACCCUCAUUGUCAGUGGGAAUGUAAUGUACAGCCAUUUUGGAAAACAGUCUGGCAGUUCCUCAAAAAAUAGACAUUCCAUGUACCAGCAGUUCUCCCAGGCAUGAGGAAUCUUCAAACAGUACAUGGAAAAUAUGUAUUAUAACAACACUGUACAUGGAUUUCAAGAUUAUUUUGCACCAAGUGUGGGUGUUUGGAAUAGUGGUUAAGACAUUGGUUAGGAUGCCUGCGUCCCUUAUCAGAAUGUCUGGGUUUGCACUCCACCUCCAGAUCCUGAUUCCAGCUUCCUGGGAAGUAGCAGGAGAUGGCUGUAGCUAUUUGGUCGCUGUCUGGAUUGAGUUGUUGGCUCCCUGCUUUGGCCUGGCCUGGCCAUAGUUGUUGCAGGCACUGGGACAUGAACCAGUGGAUAUGGAGCUCGCUCGCUUGCUCUCUUUGUGCCUCCCAAAUUCCCAAAUUAAAAAAAAAAAUUUAAUUCCAUUUUCCAUUAAUUUUGAAGUCCCUUCUUAUAUCCUUAGAGACCUGAAAACAUAUCCUUGCUCUAUGUGACUGUUCAUGGUAGUGUUAUUCAUAGUAGGCAAGAGAUAAAAUAACCUGUCAGUCAGCCAGUGAAUGGAUAUGUGGCAUAUCCAUACAAUGGUGUAUUAUUCAGCCUUAACAAGGAAUGAAGCUGCAUGCUAAAAAAUGAAUGAACCUUUAAAAAGUGUUGCUGAAGCCAAGAGCCAGGAACUCCCUCUGGGUCUCCCAUAUGGGCAGCAGGGACCUAAGCACUUGAGUCAUCACCUGCUGCCUCUCAGGAUGCAUUAGCAGGAAGCUGGAUCACAAGCAGAGCUGUGAUUCAGGGUGUGGGCAUCCUGAUCAGCAGCUUCGCCAUCUGUGCCACAAGACUUGCCCCUGUGGGUGAACCUUGAAAAUAUUAUAAGUGAAAGAAGCCGGUUAUAAAAGCUACAUACUAUAUGAUUCCACUUACAUGAAAUGCCCAGAAUAGGAAAAUCCAAAGAAAUAGAAAAGUUAGUGUUUGCCAGGGGCAACCUUGCUCAUUUUCCAUAACCACCAGUGGCAUAUAACUUGUGAUUGUGUAAGAAUAAUUUCAAAUGUGAAGCCAUUCUUUUCUAUUCCUUUGUAAUAUGAGUGUUUUAUGAGAGCAAACAGAAUGAAGAAAGUAAUUAAGUUUUUGGAGAUAUGUAAUGUAAUUGGGAAUCAAAAGUCUAAUAAAGAAGUCAACAAGA